UUAUACUUUACUCGUGUUGAGGCAUCGCAGGAGCUGUCAGGUACCUGUCAGAUAAAAAUAUUUUUUCGGAAAACCCGCACUCCACGAAAAUCCGAAUUUUCCGAGUGUUUUUGGUGAAAAACAAGAUGCAGGCUGCUCGCCCCCUGUCCAACUUGGUCGCCCGCAACGCGGGUGCCCUCUCUCGCGCUUAUCAUGGACCGAGCAACUUCCGAGUUUACACCAUGAACGACAUGCCCGUCCCGGAGGGCGAUUUCUUCGAGGAACACCGCCGCAAAAACCGGGUGUACAACACCGUGCUCGCGGCCGGAAUCGUGAUCUUCGGAAUUACGUUCACCGUGGCCAAGGAAAGUGGACUCAUCUUCUUCAACUACAACCCGCCGAAGAGCCUCGAUUAAAUCGGUUGCCGGCGAAUGUAUCCUUAGGGAAAUGGAGAAAUAAAGAGACACGAUUUAGACAGUA